AUGAAGCGCCCAAUAUACUUGCCUCCAUGGGACCUCCUCAUGCUCUCCGUCCAUUACAUCCAGAAGGGCCAUCUACCAAACACGCUCCCCCGGCUUCCACAUUGCCGAAUUCCUCUGUCGGUUGAACCAUGCCCUCUCCCUCACGCUCUCCCACUUAUACCCACUCGCCUUCCGCCUCGUCACUUCCGAAUCCCCACAAGACGACAGCUCCUGAUCGUAUCCCUCGACUGUGUGAACAGUCCCGGAGCCCGAUUGAUCCACGCUGCCCCAUCGGUAGAGCUCCUCGAGCGCUCCAUCAACGACAAGUUUAGCUUCAACUUCGCCUGGUAA